UCUCGAGUUCGAUUUGAAUAAACUUCGGCUGAUGUUUGGCUGUCGGUCUUUAAAACAGUACGUCGGCAGAUAAGAAGAGAUAUGACAUCGAGCGACACAACCUAACUGAUACAAACAAAUCUGUGCAUUGAAUUGUGAAAAAUGGCUGAAUCUGGUAUUGAUUUAGGCUACGAUCUGUCGGCUCUCUUGUCCGACGAUUUCGAUAUAGAAAGUGCGAUUGAUUUUGAUGAUCUCUUGGGUACCCCGAAAAAUCAAGAGUUUUACGAACUAACUUCUAAAACAAUGCCUAUAAACGAAAGUCCGCCGAAUCUAAAAACCGCAACCCCAUUAUCCCGAACUCAGUUAAAACUCCAACUGAUGCGAGACCAAGCACUGAUGGAACAAGAAAGACAAGCACAAGAAAGAGCAAGACAAGCUCAAGCUCAAGCCAUGCAACAAAGACCGCCAGCCUCAGCCAUGAAAGUGCCAUUGCACAGUUUAGCGGUAGAGGUUCCUCCCCAAGUUUUACAAGUUCAAACAAAAUUAGCAAAUCCUACUAGGUACCAUGUGAUACAGAAACAAAAGAGUCAAGUGAGGCAGUACCUCAGCGAAUCAUUCCAAUCUCCGGGCAACGCACAUUUCUUGAACAAUUUGCAAAAUCCGGUGCAACAGACACACAGCGCUCCCGGAAUGGGGGGCGCCGUACCCGUCGGCCCAUUGAUACCGCAGCAAUCACUUGUUCAUUCGCAUCCUUUCCAAGUUCCGUGCCCCAGUCCUGAUGCUGUUGCUAUGUCGCCAGCGCUAAGCUCAGGCGCCACUAGCACCUCGGAGGCUGAAGAUCUUAUUGACGAUCUGCUCUCGUUGGAAUCAAGUUCCCUCGCUUCUGAUAGUUUUAAAACAUCGGACAAUUCGUUACCAGGAAAUGAUAUAAAUAUCAAAAAUGAACCUUUUGUUCUUAGCGAUGCUGAACUUCAUGCUCUUGCAAAAGACCGACAAAAGAAAGAUAAUCAUAAUAUGAUUGAGCGUAGAAGAAGAUUCAACAUAAAUGAUCGAAUAAAAGAAUUAGGUACUCUCUUGCCGAAGAAUAAUGAUCCUUACUAUGAAAUAGUGCGAGACGUCCGACCAAAUAAAGGAACGAUAUUAAAAUCAUCAGUAGAAUAUAUAAAAUGUCUCAAAAACGAAGUACAAAGACUAAAACAAUCCGAAAUUAGACAAAAACAAAUCGAACACAUCAACAGAAGGCUGCAGCUCCGAGUCCAGGAGCUCGAGCGUCAGAUGAAAUCUCACGGUUUACCCUUAUCAGAGUUCAACUUCCAAGGCUACAACUCACCCUACAACUCAUACCAGAAGAACCAAAACCAGCCACCUCCGAGCGUACUUCUGCCCCCCAUCAUGCUGUCAGACCCCAACAAGAAGGGUGCGGAUGUGGCCUUCCAGAUGCCCGAUGUGAUCAACGACGCCGCCCUCAGUCUGUCGACCAUGGAGGAGCUGAUGGACGACGACGAGCCCGUCAAUGGCGACCCUAUGCUGUCCUCCCCCAACGACCUCUCGGGGGAGCAACUACUCACCUCACCCGCCCAUCCCUCCCAGGACAGCCUCCUCUGCGAGCCCAGACUGCCCACACCCACCAGCCACAUAGAACAAGUCGACGGCGACACCCUCGAUAUUGACAUGAUUGCAUGAUAUUAGCGUCCGUGUGGACUGGGUUUCGACGAUCACCACGAGUCCCAUGGACAGUGACUGCAAUAUUACCAUUACCAUUAUUAUCGAACCGUUUUCGUAGAAAGCCUGCAAAGUGCGUGCUUUCUUCGGUUUACUUAAAUCUUAUUAGGUUUAUACAGCAUUUAGAGAAUUCGACUAAUAACAUCAAGUUAGGAACUUUUGUUGUUAUCUAGAGAUAAUUGUAUUACGCCUCGAGUGCCGCCUUUUGUGCCUCAACUGUCUCCCGUACCGUAGCUCAAAUUUUAUAGAUUGUCUGAGAUUGAGAUAUUAAGAAAUAAGCCAAAUAUGUGUAAAUAAAAGUAUUGUGAUGUUUUGGGUAGGGUGUUACCAUUUUUGUUGUUGUUGUUAAUAACAAAAUUAUAGAUUUUAACAUUGUUUUAAAAUGAUUACCUAAAAAUUUAUCGACGAUUAUUAUCAA